ACCGGCUCGAAAUAACCCUGAUCAGUAAGUUCAGAAUAUGACAGACAACGAAUCCAGCGGCCCUUCGCCUCUCUUGGGCCUCUUGCGCAACCUCAACUCCUCGCUCGAGGCGACGUCCACCUCUCUCCCCACGCCUCCGUUUCCUGAGACCUCCUCCGGAAUCUCUCUUUUAUCGCUAAAGAACCACGCACUGCUUUCGUACCUUCACCAUCUGGUCUUCCUCAUUCUCAUCAAGCUCCGCAAUAAAUCAUUAAACGACGACGACGAUUGCCUCGGACAGGAUGUCCGCGACAAGUUGAUUGAAUUGCGUGUAAUUCUCGAGCGUGGAGUUAAGCCUAUGGAGGGGCGAUUGAGUUACAUGAUUCAGAAGGUUGUUCGCGCGGCGGACCGGUUGGAGGCGACAGGACUUGCGAAUGGAGACGCGAAGGAUAUCGUGUCGGCAGCGGGUGCUUUGGCGUUCAAGCCGAAUCCGUCAGCGUUGGUUUCUGGGAAGGACGAGGAAGGCGGUGCGGAGGCAGAGCGCUCAGAUGGUAUUUACCGCCCGCCAAAGAUCUCCUCUACCACUCUUCCGGCUUCCCUCGACCCUACCCGAGCAGAACGUCGACAACGCGCAUCGGCCAUGCAGAACGCGACUAUGCGCAACUUUAUCUCGGAAGAGCUUACGGAUGCACCUGUUGCUGAACCAUCGAUUGGUUCCACUAUCACUUCUCACAAGGGUCGCAUUAUGGCUGUGUCGGAUCGCGACAGAAAUGAGGACCGCCGUCGUAUGAAUUACGAAGAAGAGAAUUAUAUUCGUCUGCCGGCUAUGAGCAAGAAGGAGAUGUCGAAGAGGAAGGGACGGUCCCAGGAAAUCGGUUUCGGUGGUGAAGACUGGGGAGUCCUUGAUAGGUCUGUGUAUGACCGGACGGUUAAGAGCUCGAAGGAUAACGUUGUGGAGAGAUCGAGGAAGAGGACAGGAAAUGAGGGUGCUGAUCAAGAGGGCCCAGCUGCUGGAGAGAGGUUUGAGAAGCGGAGAAAGGUUCUUGCGGGGAGGAAGAGUGGGCGCGGUGGCCGUUCAUGA